AUGGCCAAGGCCGGCGUGGAACCCCGACUGCCAUCGGUCUUCUCCCUUGUCAUCCCUCUAUCAUCGAUCUCUGGCAUCAAUACCCAUACGGCAUCGCAGACCGAAGACGACACGCCACGCAAGCGACAGAAGCUAGCAAUCGCAGCACAUGAUUCCAGCAACGGCAAGACUGCACGCCACAGCAAGUCAUGUUCCAACUGUCGCCGGCUCAAGGUCAAAUGCGAGGCCGCUGACCAGGCUCACGAAUGCUCACGCUGCGCCAGACUAGGUCUGUCGUGUCUCCGCGAAAAGAAGUCAUGGAUCCACGGCGAAGCGGAGACCGUCCCGAUGCAGCUAACAAUCAUCAAGCUCGGAAGAGCUCUUGAAGACGUGCUUGAGAAGCCGAACAUGCCAGCACUGGAUUUGUACGCUUCGCCUUCGAUCGUGCGGCCUAGAGCGCCUCCGAGAGCCACUCGACCUAACUCGCAAGAGCCGACCGAACGCAAAGAGCGCUCUGUAUCUCCAGACCCGAUGAGCAGUCUUAUUGAAGCUACGCAGCUCAACGGAAUGCGAAGUCAGCUUCGUUCUGUAAAGCUCCGGCGCAAAGGAGGCAUGCGGCGUAGAGACCAUGAUUUGAUCUGA